UGGGUGCCACUGGCUGCGGCGCUAAAACGCGCGUCGGCGGCCUUGACAGCUGUUUUUCUAGGACAUUGGGAUCUGCAGAGCAUAUCCCACAUCCCCUAUUGGAAAUCUACUUCGUUUUGUUUUGGAAGCUGCCAAUUGUAAAUUGUGCGUGUUUUGUAUUUUUAAUGGCAUUUCGUUGUUUGUUCGAUGCCACAAAAGAUGAACAAUGAACAAAUUGGUGUUUCAUCAAUAUCAUCAUCAGCAACAAUCUUAUCAUCAUCCACAACAUCUACAUCUGCAUCUGCAACUGCUAGCAAUAGCAGCGCAGCAGCUGCGCAGCUCAUCAAGGCCAUAUCAACAGGCAGCGCCGCCAACGUCGCCGGCAACGCCAAAGACAAAGAUAGCAAUAUUGCCACAUUGGUAACAAAAAUCCAAGCGAUUAUACCUGAUACGCCAAUCGUUUCGAUUGCUGCCGGCACUUUGAGUGAGAGCACUUCGACGACCACAUCGACUAAGACGACGCCGACGCCCUAUUUCCAGGAGCAGCUAACCACCUUAAUGUCGCACAAUGUGAAGCUGGAGCAGCGACCCUCCAACGAUCUGUCCAAUAAUACCAAUAACAGCACCAGCAGCAGCAGCAACAACAACAGCAAUAACAACAACAUUAACAAUAACAGUAGUCAAUCGGCAGUUGCCGCUGAUCUUAGCCAGAAUCAUGUGGCGGCUGUUGAUAAGAAAAGUAAUAGCAGCAACAGCAGCAGCAGCGCCGUUAGCCACAGCAGCGCUGCUAAUGCAACGCAUCACAAUUUAAAAUUGACGCCGCUGCUCAGCAAGUCUGGCCAACCGGCGCCCGAGGUGAUUGCCGCGGCAACGGCGCUGCAUCAUCGUCGCGGCGCCACCACCAAAGGCAAGACCCAGGAUGACCAAUAUGUGGGCAAGCGGCAGAAAAAUAAAAGGGCAAAGUACGAUCCUUGGGAGGAUAGCGAAAUAAAUGAUCUCGACGACGCAUCAUUGAAGAAACUGCUCGAGGAGGCCUAUUGGUAUCGCAAUCCUGGCGAUAGGAAAAACAAAAGCGAGCGUUUUCUGCAAAUGCUUAAAAAGGCUGAGUACGACGAGGAGAACUCUUAUCGUGUCAUUAAAACUUGUUUAACACGCAACACGUCCGCAUCAUCAUCAACGUCCAGCGGCUAUUAUGGCCAUAGCAGCAGCGUAGGCAGCGGUGGCAGCAAUUUUGGUACGCACAAUAGCAACAAUAAUAGUUAUAGCAGCAGUAGCGGCUAUCAUACAAAUCAUCGGACGGCAUCACAGCGUCAUAAGCAGGGCGGCUCUUUGCAGGAUUUGGUCGAGGCGACGCAUCGCAGCGAGCUGGCAACGACGUCAGCAGCGGCGGCAGCGGCAGCAACCCAACGUUUCAACUGUGAUUAUCAGCUGAGUGGCGCUAGCAGCAGCGGCAACAGCAACAACGCUCGAGCCAAUCGACGCCAACAGCACAAUAACAACAAUAACAAUAGCAACAACCAAAACGCCGUUCUAGCCGGCAAAAAAUUUAAGAACAACGCAAAUUCGUCCGUAUCAGCGCGGCAACGUGAAGGCGGCAGCUUGCCAAGCAGCGUCAACUUUGAAGCAGCCAACAUGGAUAUUAAACAGAAGCUACCCAUUGGCGAGGAGAUUGUGGUCAGCAAUACCAAUGCAAGCAACAACAAAAACAAUCGUAACAGCAACAGCAACAGCAGCUGCAGCAGCAGCUUGCCCAGUCAGCUGAAUGAGACUGGCAACAUGGUCAUACAGUUCGACGCAGAUGGCGUGGCCAUUGAUGUAGCUGGUGGCCAAAUAUAUGAGCAACCAUUGGAGGAGCAACAAUCGGAUGCGCUACGCAAGGCUAGCAAGGAUAAGGCCAUACCCUUCAAGUGCGAACAGCUAUUGGACAUUCUCAGUCAGCAGAUGCAAAAGCAACAACAACAGCAGCAGCAGCAGCAGCAGCAGCAGCAGCUGUCCGAUGGCAAAGAUUCGGGCGCUGUUAAAGAGUUCCUAAUAGAUGAUCCGCUGCACUUUUCCGUGCUGGAGCAAUCUGCCAAGCAACAGCAGCAGCAGCAGCAGCAGCAACGACAGCAACAACAUCCACAAUACGCCGCAACGCCGUCCAAUGCCUUAGGUGCUUGUGGGGGCCAAUUCACACUUACUCUGGACGAGCACAAGCGCAAAGUGGAGGCUGGCUACGUUUCGCUCAAUGACAGCUACACGGCCUGCUCCUCGGUCUAUGGCGUUGGCAGCUCCACGUCCUCGGGCGCCGCUGGCCACGAUUCCGGCAAUGCCGCUGACCUAUUCGCUGGCUCCGAUCUGCGUUCGGCCAAAAUUGGACACAUGAUGACCGCAGCGGCCACAGCAGCUGUUGCUGCCUCGCACGGCGCCAAGCCCACAACGCGGCAGUUUGAUGAGAACGGCAACGCUUUGAGCGAUGGCUAUGCAGCCGUAGCAGCGGCGGCAGCGGCAGUGGCAGCUGCUGCCGCUGGUGGCACUAGUAGCAGCAACAGUAGCAGCAGUAGCAGCAGCAGCAGCUCCACUUCCAAUCAGUUCACUGCACUAAUUACGACAACGCAGCAGCAGCAACAGCGCUCGAAUAGCGUUUCAACGUUGUUGACGACGGGCGGAAAUGCGACAACACCGGCAAUGGCAACGGCAGCUGUUGCUGCCACCUACAGCCAGUUGCAGCAGGCGCCAAUGAUUGGCGCACCCCCACAGCCACCCACCAAGCUCAAGUCGAAGAAGAAGUCGCAGCAGGAAAGGAACACAACCACGGUGGAUGUAGAGUCCGUUGCCGGCUAUCGUGGCAAGGAUCCGGUCGAGCAGCUGGUCAAAUACAUUGAAAACGACGGCGCCCAGCAGCAGCAGCAAAAGAAAAAGGAGCGCAAGAAGCAGAAUAAGCUAAAGAAAUGCAAUUCGCUCGAGGAACUGCGCAGCUGCGCGAAAAUGGAGGUCGAUGAGCUGAAGCGCCAGGCGGCAACCACUGAGAUGAUGCGCAACAAAAAGGGCGGCAAGCACAAUUCCGCUUCCGUUGCGGACAUUAACAAGAACUGCAACAAGGAGCAGCAGCAGCAGCAGCAGCAACAGCAACAACAAUCAUCACAGCAUCAACAGCCAUCACAGCAGCAGCAACAGCAGCCACGCAAGGGCGAACGUCGCUCCUGGGGCACCGAGGAGCUGCAGUAUUUGGGCGAGCCCGCACUGAAUGAUAGCAACAAUAGCAGCAGCAACAACAGCAACUGGAAUGAGCCGGCAGCAACACAGCUGGCAAUGAUGAGCGCGUUGCCAGUGCUUGAGUUGCCAACAUUGGCGCGCAUGUCCGAAAUGGAGGCGCUGAACACGGUGCUAACCGAGACGGCUGAGUUUCAUGUGGUCACCAAAAAGAAGAAACCAAAGAAACAACGCGCUGUUACCAUGGACGAUGCGGCCGUGGCGGCAGCUGCCACAACCGGCGGCAACUUGCAGCGCAUGCAACAGAUAACGAAGUCGGCAUCAUCCAAUAUGAUGUCGCAGCGCUUGCGCGGCGGCAACAUGGACUAUUACAACAAUAGCAACAGCAGCAGCAGCAGUUACUAUGCAGCACAUGCCAGCUACAGCGGCAACAGCAGCAGCAGCAACAAGCAGCAGCAGCAGCAGCAGCAGCAGGCACAGCAGCAACAUCAUGCCACAACAGCAGCGGCAGCAGCAACAACAACAGUUGUUGGCACGCAGGAUAAUUCGCGUCGCAAGUCGACAUCGUCCAUGCCGCCGUCGGAGAAAUCUGACUCAAGUGAUCUCGACUCGGUGCACUCGCUGCCCAUACAAACUGGCAAAAAGAAGAGCAGCAACAACAAGCGUCUAGCAGCCGCACAGGCCAAGCAAAACAACAACAAUAACAACAACAACAAUAAUAAUAAUAAUAAUAAUAAUAAUUAUAGUAAUAACAAAAAUGCAGCUGCUGCGCCCAUUUCGUAUGCGGAUAUUGCGCGCAACAAGCGCGAGCUGUUGGCGGCUAGCGAGGACAACGAUGCAGGACAUGACGGCCAGGCAACAACCUCCACAUCGUCGCUGCUGCUGCUGGACAACUACAACAACAGCAGCAGCAGCAGCAGCAGCAGCAAGUUGCGCGCCGCCAAGUCGAAGGCGCGUCCCGACUUUCCAGAGCUGCCUGGGGCCAUGGUAACAAAUAUAACAACAGCAACACCAGCGGGCGCUGCGGCAGCAACGGCGGCAGCAGCAGCAGCGGCAGCAACAGCUGCAACAGCAGCAGCAACAGCCGCUGUGCUCAUUAGCUACUCGCAGAGCCUGAACAAAAUGCCAGCGCAAAGCAACAGCAGCGAACCGGAGGAGCAACAGCAAUCGCUGAGCUCACCAGCUGUUACGCCCGCAGCAGCAGCAACAUCAACUGCUGCUGCAGCAGCAGCAACAUCAAUCACAACAAAUACCACCUCGAAUCAACAGUCAACAGCAGCAGCUGCUGCGCCGCCAGCGCUGCAAAAGUCCAAGAGCGUCGAGCACGAUGCCAGCAGCAGCUACAGCUUCAAUAGCAGCAAUCUGGACCUGCAGUAUCCGGCACUGGAGAAGACCGUGAAGCGCCACAGCGUCAACUAUGUGUCGCUGCCCGCGGCCAUUAGCAGCAACAUCAACGCUGGCUACAACUUUGCAGCUGCUGCCAAGCAGCAGCAGGAGAAGGAGAAAGCAGCAGCAGCAGCUGCAGCUGCCACAGCUACAGCAACUACCUCAGCCAAGGCUAAGAGCAAGCCAAAGGAGCUGUCACCAGGCAGCAGCAAGAAGGAGAAAAUCCUUAGCCAAAAGCCUAGUCAAGAAGAGCAAAUUACGACGACGAUGAUAACGACGUCGACAUCGACAUCGACGCCGCCACCGCCGCCCGUUAGCUUCAACUUGUGCUGCCACAACAAUAAAGCGACCGCAGCCACACAAACGGAGGUGGCCAAGAAGCACAGCAGCUGCAACACUGUGGCAGCUGGCGUGCAGACCACAUUGCCGGCGGGCAAUAGACCCGCUGUGAUUAUACUCAACGAUGACCGUGACUCGGCGCUGGGCAGGCUCAACAACGAGUUCAUCUUUGGCGAUUUCAACGAGGAUGAACUGAAGCUCUUCGACGAUGCCAGCGACAAGGAGGAGGCCGACGAGAAGCCUCAACAAUUGGAUAAACAACAGCAGACAACGCCGACAACGGCAACAGCAGCAACUGCAACAGAUUCCAGCUGUGAGCAACAGCAGCAGCAGCAACUGCAGCUGCAGCUGCUUAAUGAUUCGGGCGCUGCCUCCGAUUUGGUUAAUAGUUCGGCCUGCAUGGAUAUGCUGUUGAUCUCAGGGCAGGCGGCACAGUCGUCGCCCAAUGCUGCAGCCGCUAAUAACAGCUCAUCGACCUCAUCGACCCCAUCCUCAUCUGCCUCGUGCUCCACCUCUACCUCCUCAUCCACACUGAGCAGCACCAGCAACGGCAACGGCAACGGCAAUGGCAGUGGCAGUGGCAGUGGCGGCAACGCCGCCUUGCACAUUGCCAAUCAGUCGACCGAUAGCGGCAUCUAUGGCGCUGCCAACAUAUCGAAUACAACUGCAGCCAGCAUUAAGGAUCAGGUGAAUCAUUUUCUGAGCAAGGCCAGCGCCGCCAAUGCCAGCGGCAAUAGCCAUAGCCACAGCCACAGCCACAGUCACAGCAACAGCAGCAGUUGCAGCAGCUGUCAGGACGAGCCACUGCCCAUGCAACAGCUGGAGACGUGCAACGAUAUCGAGACAGCAAUUAUUGCAGCUGCACGUGCUGCCGCAGCAGCCGCCUCGUCGCGCAGCGGCAGCUGCAGUCGCAGCAAUUCACGCGAGCAGCCGCUGACAGUUGCUAAAGCCAAGGCACGACCAGCUCUCUAUGGCGCCACGUAUGGCCUGGGCAGUGGAGAGCAUUCAGCAGCUGCUGAGAAUGCUGCUGCUGCUGCUGCUGCGUCUGAUGCUGCUGGUGACGCUGACGACGAUGAGGAGCAGCUGCAUGAGCUCAGCUUUAUGUCUGAACUGAAAACGGAGUUUGUGGCGACGGCAACGCCAACACCGCCGCCACAGCCGCCGACAUCAACAUCAACAUCAACCUCAGCAUCAGCAUCAGCAUCGUCAAUGCCAGCACCACCGACACGUCAAUCUCUCAUGUCCAAUACGGAGCUCAUUGUGGACUACAUCAGCAGCUCUUGGAAUGCCAUCAUCAAUAGCAAAUACGUAAUAUUCUACAACGAUCAGGAGGAUCAGCAGCAGCAGCAGAUCUAAGCCUGAAGAGGAAGCAACAAACAACAAACAACAAGCAACAA